CGCUGGCGCAAUAGCUUUUACGCGGUCCCAAUUGUCAUGGACAUACCGAAUCAUUUGUUACAGUCAAGUUCACACUGUCACUAACAAAAAGUGCUAACACGUCCCAUUCCUAACGUUUUUUAUUAUUAAUCAAACGUCCUAUUGUAUUUAAACUAUAAAGAUGUAUCAUCAUGGCCAUUAAAAUCUAUUAAUGUUUAAACAAACAAACCUAAUGGCGUAUCCAAUGGAUACAACGAAACCAUUGUCGAAACCGUCAAGAAAUUCAAAUCCAUACCAUAUAAAACGACCCAUGAAUGCCUUCAUGGUCUGGUCGAGACUACAGAGGAAGAAAAUUUCAAUGAUGAAUCCGAAACUGCACAAUUCGGAAAUAUCAAAACGUCUAGGGUUAGAGUGGAAGAGUUUGGAUGAAACAGAGAAAAGACCGUUCAUAGACGAAGCGAAAAGGUUACGUUUAAAACACAUGCACGAUUAUCCAGAUUAUAAAUAUCGUCCGCGUCGAAAGAACAGGUUGGAUGCUCCAGUUUAUGGGAACCCAGCGCUUUAUUCUACAAGGGAAACGUUUGUAGAAAUUGAGCCAAGGGUAGAGGCAAAUUAUACAAUACCACCAAACUAUACAGACCAGUACAUGUAUAACAAUGUUGUUUAUACUGUGCCAAUAAGCCAGUCUUCUUUCAUGUCGCCAAUGAGGCCUAAGGAGGAGGCCUUGCCAAGUUUAGACUUGAGACCCCUGCCAUCAAUAGAAAGCAUAUCUCCGAGACCUUUCGCAGUUGUUAACCAACAGAUGAUGGUAAAGGCUUACCCGAACUUGCAUUAUGUGCCAGAGGAUGUCGCGAGGAUAUCGUAUCACUACCCGUUUAGUGUUCAGUAAUGUAAAACUAUCUUAUACUUUUUGUAGUUGCCAAAAAUUUAGAACUGUAUUAUCUAAUGUGUACAUUUUAAUAAAAGAAGUUAUUCGCAUGUUUUUAA